AUGCUCAGUGCCGCCAUUAGGAGGCGAGUUCUCGCCCCAACUCACAAUGCACUGCGCACCGGCUUCACCUCUCAUGUCGUGAGGUACUAUGCCUCCUUCCCAGAGCACCAGGUCGUCAAGAUGCCCGCCUUGUCUCCUACCAUGCAGGCGGGCAACAUUGGUGCUUGGCAAAAGAAGGCUGGCGACACCAUCGCCCCUGGUGACGUUCUGGUAGAAAUUGAGACCGACAAGGCCCAAAUGGACUUUGAAUUCCAGGAGGAAGGUGUAAUUGCCAAGAUUUUGAAAGAAUCUGGUGAGAAGGACGUCUCGGUCGGCAGCCCAAUUGCCAUUCUCGUCGAGGAAGGAACCGACAUCUCAGCUUUCGAGAAGUUCACCCUGGAAGAUGCCGGUGGCAAUGCUCAGGCUCCUCAGCCCAAGCAAGAAGAAAAAUCCGAAUCACAACCAGCUCCAUCAUCCGCCCCUGCGACGCCCGCCGAACCUGAACAGUACUCUUCCGAAGGAAAGCUGGAGACAGCCCUUGACCGUGAGCCUAACGUUGCUCCUGCUGCUAAGCGCCUUGCUCGCGAGAACGGUAUCAGCCUGGAUGGCCUCAAGGGCACCGGAAAGGGCGGAAAGAUCACCGAGGAAGACGUCAAGAAGGUCAUCAGCAGCCCUGCCGUUGCGUCCCCUGGUGCCACAUUCGAAGACAUCCCUCUGAGCAACAUGCGCAAGACCAUUGCCAGCCGUCUUCAGGAAUCUGUCCAGAAGAACCCCCACUUCUUCGUGACCAGCUCCCUUUCCGUCACCAAGCUGCUCAAACUCCGACAGGCUUUGAAUAGCUCGGCUGAGGGCAAAUACAAGCUUUCGGUCAAUGAUUUCCUCAUCAAGGCUAUUGCUGCUGCCAGCAAGAAGGUUCCGGCCGUCAAUUCCAGCUGGCGCGAGGGUUCCAUUCGUCAGUUCAACACUGUUGACGUAUCUGUUGCCGUUUCUACCCCUACGGGCUUGAUCACUCCUAUUGUCACCGGUGUUGACGCUCGUGGCCUUGAGUCUAUCUCCGGAAAGGUCAAGGAGCUAGCCAAGAAGGCUCGUGAUAACAAGCUCAAGCCCGAGGAGUACCAGGGAGGCACCAUCUCCAUUUCCAACAUGGGAAUGAAUGCUGCUGUCGACCACUUCACCGCUGUCAUCAAUCCUCCUCAGUCUGCCAUUCUUGCAGUUGGCACCACCAAGAAGGUCGCUAUUCCUGUGGAAAAUGAGGAUGGCACCACCGGCUUUGAAUGGGAUGACCAGAUCACCGUCACUGCCAGCUUCGACCACAAGGUCAUUGAUGGCGCUGUCGGCGCUGAAUGGAUCCGCGAGGUCAAGAAGGUCAUCGAGAACCCUCUUGAGUUGCUUCUGUAA